GUGUAAAACAGCUGCUUGUGUUCACAAUCUAAACUCAGAGCAGAAUUUAAUUCUAUUUGAAUGUUUUAAGGUAUUUUAUAUGAUCUUGUAAAUGCGGGUUGUAUGUGUAUUGUGUUAUAGAGAGUUAGCUUAGCCUGAGCUGUAGUUUCCGUUAUGUUCGCUGAUAUUCUGAGCUCCGUUAUGUGUUAGUAAUAAACACAGAAAACAGCGGAUUCACUUUAUUACAUUUAUAAGCUCCUUUGCUCGUGUAAUAGCUGUUGUAGAGGUGAGUAACAUCUCUAGAGUUAUAAUAAAGUAGAUCAUUAAGAAUGAAGCGUUAGAGUAGCUUUACCAGGAAACACAGCAGAGAAACAGGACGCAGAGAGAAAUAUAAAACCCGGACAUGGAAUCCGGACUGGAUUUUGAGGAAUGCAUCCGAGACUCACCUGCUUUCAGGCAGUCCCUGGAGCACUGUGAGAGUGAUGUGGAACAGCUUGAGAGUCGUGUGGAGAAGGUUAUAAAGGUGUGUAAUAAGAUGGUGGAUGAUGGUCAGGUGUUCUGUUCGUCCAAUAAGCUGUUUCUCUCUGCUCUGGCUGAGCUCACUUCAUACAAUAAGAACGACUCUGUCAUAGCGAAUUGUCUGGAUCAGUUUCAGCAGGCUCUGAAGGAGAUGAUCCACUUCCACACUAUGCUGCUUGACCAGACUCGGAGAGCGAUCACACAACAGCUCACACAACUACUAACACAGUUCCUUCCCCCUCUGCGUGCUGCUCGGUGCGAGUGUGAGCGGAUCAGAGAGGACCUGAACACGGCGCUUGUGAAAAGUGCUCAGGUUCCACAGAACAAAGCGGCCGAGGCAGAACGACACACACACCUGCUGCUCGCAACGCGCAAAUGCUACACACACUGCAACCUGGACUACUGUCUACAGCUAAAUACUUUUCUGACUCAACAGAAGUUAGACAUGGUAAACUCAGCGUUUUCGUAUUUCCACGCCCAGUACACUUUUUUUCAUCAGGGCUUUGACCUGCUGCGAGAUCUGGAGCCCACCAUGAAGAGCAUGGGAGUACAGCUGUCUCAGAUGUCCAGUCAGUGUGUGACCAGAAAGAAACAUCUGGAACAUCAGCACCUGCUUGUCCAGCAGAGAGAUGCCUCUGGAGAGACUGUGUUGUUCAGUGGAGGAGCAAUUGAAGGUUAUCUGUUCAAACGAUCACGGAGAAAAAAUAAAACCUGGAAGAGGUGCUGGUUUUCAGCGAGUAAUAACCAACUGAGUUACACCAAAUCUCACAAGGAGCAGCCACUCGUGCUGUUCGAUGAUCUGCGGUUAUGUGCGGUCAAAUCUCUGGACUCGAUCGAUCGACGUUUCUGCUUUGAACUGCUGUCUGUGCAGAAGAGCUGUGUGUUACAAGCCGACUCGGAGGAGUUAAAGAUGGCAUGGAUUAACGCCGUGCAGGGCAGCAUUGACAUGGCAUACAGGGACAAAGUGCAGUCUGAACACACUCGGGUGAAGGACGGCUCGCCUCCUGACCCCACCCCCAACUCCACCCCUCUUCCAAACUCUUUAAGCGAGGCGCUUCGUAGCCAUGGUAACCAUCGAUGCUGUGACUGCGGGGAGGCGGAUCCUCGCUGGGCGAGCGUGAACCUCGGGAUCACCGUCUGCAUCGAGUGCUCCGGAAUUCACAGGAGUCUAGGUGUUCACCUGUCCAAAGUUCGCUCUCUCACUCUGGAUUCAUGGGACCCUGAACAGCUGAAGCUGCUGUGUGUUCUGGGUAAUGAUGCCAUCAACAAAAUUUAUGAACCUCAGCUAUCUGAGACAGAAAAGCCGAACCCGGAGAGCCCUCGGCAGCAGAAGGAGGCGUUUAUUAGAAUGAAGUACGUGGAGAGGAAGUUCGUUCAGCAGACGGACCCUAAUCACAGCGCGACGCUACAGGCCUGGUCUGGGCAGAGGUUGUAUGCGGCGGCGGUGGGUGGCGACACCGUGUGUAUGGCGACAGCCCUGGCGCAGGGUGCCGACGUUAACUGGAGUAACCCUGAAGGACGCACGCCUCUGAUUGGUGCAGCCAUCGGGGGUUCUUUAGUGGCGUGUGAGUUCCUCCUGCAGAACGGAGCCAACGUAAAUCACAGAGACCAACACGGACAGGCAGCAAUACACAUCGCUACGACACGCGGACACACAGGGCAGGUGUGUUUGCUGCUGAAGAGAGGAGCCAAUCAGUACGCUGCAGACGAGAAAGGAAAGGACCCUCUCAGUAUCGCCGUAGAAACAGCUCACGCUGACAUCGUUACCCUGUUAAGAAUGGCUCGUAUGAAUGAAGAAAUGAGAGACGCAGAAGGGUUUUUCGGAUCAGUAGGAGAUGAUGAGACGUUUCAGGACAUCGUUCGUGAUUUUAGUAACAUGGCGUCUCAGAAUCCGGAGCAACUGCUGCGCAGAGAGUUUAGCACCGAGGACGGGGACGUAGACAGACCUCGGGAGGAGCGGACGGGCGAACAAAAGGGAAGGAAAAACUUACAGUGAAUAUAACUACAAUUAUGGUUUGGUGAUCAGAUUGAUCAGUCAUUGUCAUUUGUGGAUCAGAGUUUGGUGACCGAAGUGAACAAAGCAUUUGCUGUUAAACGAGACACAUGAAUCGUCUUGUAUUUUUUUUUGGAUGAGGGGCUUGCUGUGCUGUGUUAUCAUGCAGAACUACAAGCAAUCAGCCUUUAAAAUCAUCCAGCCAAGAGUUAAUACCAGCAUAAAGCAAUUUACUACCACUGACUAUUCCCAACCAUUUAGCCUACAGCAGUUUAUUCCCUUCCAUGUCAAGAGUUUUCCCCCACCCGUUCUGCUCAGUCCCCCUCUGUAAACUCAGCCUACAGCAGUUUAGCCUCAUUUAUUCACUCUACAGCAGCUUAUUAUUCCCAGACUGCAUUUAGUUAGCACUAAGUGACCUGCAAAAACUUAGAAUAGACUUAAUAUAUGUACAAUAUAUGGACGAAAUUAUUGGGACACCCCUUUUUAUAGUUUAAUUUGUGUUUUUCUGCGACAACCAAUUAUAUAAAGGACAAUUUUUGCUUCCCACUUUGCAGCAACAGUUUAGGGAAGGCCCUUUCCUGCUCCAGCAUGACUGUGCCCCUGUGCACAAAGCAAGCUCUAUAAAGACAUGAAGAAAAUCUCAGUUUAGAGAAACUCCAUCGUCCUGCACAGAGCCCUGACCUCAGCCCCAAUGAACAGCUCUAAAAUGAACUGGAACAUCAAUUCAGGCUUUCUCGACCGACAUAAGCGCCCAGCCAUACAUAUGCUCUUUUGAAUGGGCACAAAUUCCUACAGGUAUGCUUCAAGUCCUGUAAGAAUCUGUAUCAGAAGAGUGGCUGUCACAUAGAGGUCACUCAAUUUUAACAGCAUUUGUUUUUAAAAUGGGAUGUCCAACGAGCUCGUGGUCAGGCGUCCAAUAUGUUUGGCCGUAUAGUGUAUAUCUAGUAACCAGAAACAGCCUUAAAACUAUUUGAAAGACUUAAAUAAGGCUAGUCAGGGAUUUUUAAGCAUUAAUUAUGACCCAUUGUGGUACAUAAAACACAAUAAAUAGAAAAUAAAGAAUAAAUACAAACAUAUUAAUAGGUCUUUAAAUAUACAAUAAUCUUAAUUGUAAUCCAUUGACUCACUUUUUUAGAACAAUAAAUAAUGACAUUUUAAAAAAAUCUUUAUUAACCACUUUAUUCUAGUCAGGGUUGCAGUGGAUCCUGUUCCAAUCCAUGUACUGCAGUCUGUACUGUCUGUACUAUCCCUACAGGGUUAAUAGAGUUUAGUUGUAUACAGCUCUACACUGUUAUAUGUGGACCAGUGAUCCUGUGCUCAUCUGUUACUGAUCUGUUACUGAUAUACUGUAUGUACUGUAGGUAUACUGACAAGUGUAAUAAUUAACACAGAAUUACAUAGCUGUGUUAAAAUAACAUGAGCUAAACUAUGAAUAGUUUAUAGGUCAUGAAAUAAAAUGUAUUUAAUGAA